CUUAAUAAUCCAACAGUCUGGACGAAAAUCUCGCCUAAUACAGUUACCUUAGAUUUUUCUUAUUACCUGAGCUCUGUUUUAGCUUCAAUGGCGGAUAUGGAGGGAGAUUCUAGAGGAGUGCCGGAGAAGGAAGUUGAUGAUGCAGAAGAGAUCAGGGUUACAAACGAGAAUAAUACUGAUAAGGUCAUGAAUCAUCAUCAGAAGCAGCAGGAGGAGAAAAAUAAGAUGAAGAAGAAUAAAAAGAAGAGAAGAUCGUUGAUUUUGCCGAGAUUCGGAUGCUUGAGAACGGAAUCUAUUGAAAACGGAGGUGUCGAUAUGGAAGUGCAGUUUCCGGGAGGGGUUAACGAUCCUACUCAUCUGGUUAUUAUGGUUAAUGGCAUCAUUGGCAGUGCUCAGAAUUGGAGAUUUGCGGCAAAACAGUUUUUGAAGAAGUAUCCCGGGGAUGUUAUUGUUCACUGCAGUGAGCGCAAUUCUUCAACAUUGACAUUUGAUGGUGUCGAUGUAAUGGGAGACAGAUUAGCAGAGGAGGUAAAAAAUGUCAUAAGCCAUCACCCAAGUGUUCAGAAGAUUUCAUUUGUUGGUCAUUCAUUAGGUGGCCUUAUAGCAAGGUACGCCAUUGCACGGCUUUAUGAACGAGAACAAACUCAAGAAAUUUCUCAAACAAAUGGAGAUUAUGGAACUGACCAUUUGGGAGAUUCAUGCCCCGAAGGGCAAUCAAAUUGCAAAAUUGCUGGACUAGAGCCCAUGAAUUUCAUUACUUUUGCAAGUCCACACCUUGGUUCUCUGUGGCAUAAACAGGUUCCAUUGUUCGGUGGCUCCCGUGCACUUGAAAAACUUGCUGCUCGAACAUCAUGGUUGUUUGGCAGAACUGGAAAACAUUUGUUUUUGAAGGAUGGAAAGAAUGGAAAACCACCACUUCUUUUCCAGAUGGUCAGUGAUUGUGAAGAUCUUAAAUUUAUCACUGCUCUGCAGUCCUUCAGGCGUCGUGUUGCAUAUGCAAAUGCAGAUUUUGACCAUAUUGUUGGGUGGAGUACCUCUUCCUUGCGGCGACGAAAUGAGCUUCCAAAGAUUAAACAUCUUCCAAGAGGUGACAGAUACCCACACAUCAUUAAUUUAGAGGCAGCAAAAACAGCUGCACUUGAUGAAGUCCCUUCUGAAGCCAAAAUCAAAGGAGAUGAGAAAAUAAACAUGGAAGAGGCAAUGCUCAAAGGUUUAACAAAACUCAGCUGGGAACGGGUUGAUGUUUACUUCAAAGGAAGCCGACAAAGACUUCUUGCACAUAGUACCAUUCAGGUUAAAAACUACUGGUCUUAUUCGGAUGGAGCUGACGUAGUCCAACACAUGAUUGACAAUUUUCUCUUAUAAGAGGUCCGGAUUCGUUGUUUAUUACUGUACUAUAAAAUUAUUAAAACUGUGGGCGUGAGGUUGGGACGUAUGAAUUUUUUUAGUUCAAUUGGCCUUGUAUUAAAGUGGUGGUAGCCAUUAAUGCAAAGCAGAAGCAGGUCGAAUACCCAUUAUGUCAUGAUUUAGAACAUGUACAUGUAAAUUUACUAUUGGCAUAUAUUUAUAGGUAUUCCAUUGU